AUGUUCUUCAAAAGGCGAUCAAGGGCCAAUUCCUACGUCGAAAACGAACCUAACCCUCGCUCGCAGUCAUUCGACUACGAAGCAGAUAAGCGCCCCGAAUCUAGUCGCAAAGAGUCCCAUCACAGUCAGCCGCUGUCGCUCGACGAUCAGGACAUGUACCCCCGCCAACAGCAGCCCCAGGAGCCCACGUACGCUCAGAGUGCUCCCACUUCCCACAACGCCAUGCCUAUGCGAACCCAGACAGUGCCUUCCACCAGCAAUACCACCCCAAUGGGGCUGGGUAUGCCCGAUCUUCUCACCGCUGCCUUCAACCAGGCCGUGCAGCCAUACACGGAGAAGAUUGAGCAGCUUGAGAGCCAGCUGGCCGACCUGCAGGCUUGGGUAGACCAGCUCGAGCAACAGCGCGCCGAAGUGCACAACUGGAUUGACAAGCGCGGCUUGCGACCAGACGUCCCCGCCUCAAUCGCAAAGAUUAUGGACACCACGACUGCUGACGCUGCACCCACACUCAACGCCCAGCUGGACCGCAAGAUUACCAUUGUCAACUUUGAUCUGCACCGCCUGCAAGACGACCUCAACGACUCUAUAUCUUCAUCGCAUUUUGCGUCAGCCAUGUUGAAGUUCUUGCCCGACAUCCAGCGUCUGACACUCCUCCCAUCUGGACCCCGCUAUGCCUUCGAUCUCAUCCUAAAGCUCGGCGGCAACCUCAACUCGCACGGCGGCAUCGACAGCGCCGACGCCGGCGACAUUGCCGCACGUCGCGACUUCUACAACCGCCUCGACGAGACCAUGGUCGAUGUUGUGCAGCGCCGAUUUGGCGAAGGCGAGGCCUGGGACGUCAAGCGCGAAAUCAAGCGCAUUGAGAAGACGGCUAGUUAUCUCAAGACAUAUGGUGUCGAGCCUUACUUCCCAUCCACCCUCGAUAUGAUGAAGCGCGAGAUGGAGUUUCAGCCAAACGGCGCUGGUAACGGUUCCGUUACUCCGCCUCGGUUCCACUAG